UUUGACGUGAACGUUACUCGAGGAUGCUCUGAUAUCGACAAAAUGGUCCAGCUCUCUUCAUGGGUGGAUCUUUGGGAUCAAGCGACUGAUUUUAUCAAAUAUCAUGAUACUGGUAUAAAUCUUCAUGAAAGAUUAUACAAAUUUUUAAUUGAUUUCGCUAAGCUACAAAAAGAUGCAUUUAUUGCACAAAAACGAUUAUGUGAAAAACAUUUGUCUGAUGCACAAAAGUGUUAUGGUGUCUCUAACAGUUAUGUGUCGUUUUUUAAUGAACUUAUACAAAUUGUUCAGCAUAUCAUAGAUGCUGAAAAUUUGAUUUCAUGCUCUUUUGAAAUACAUGCUAGUAGUGAGGGUAAAUCGAUUAUUGAAGAUGAAAGGCGACAAUUGAAACGAUGGAAAAAUGAAAGAUCAAAAUUAUCAAGUGAACUGAAAUCUCAAACACGUAUUAUCGAUGAUGAGAUUAAACGAUACCGCGAUAAAUAUCGUGAUAUGGUCAAGGCUAAAGAGGACUAUGAACGCAUCAACGCUGAUCAGAGUCAUUCACAAUUCGAUGUCGAAAAGGCUUUAAGUUAUGCACGAUUGAAAGCGACUGAUUUUGAAAGAGCACGCAAAGAUUAUUCUGCUGCUUUGGAUCAAUUUAAUUUAUAUCGGAAGGAUUAUUAUUUUCGUUGUUUACCAUCAUGGGCACAAGUUGGCCAAAGUUUAGAAGUUGAGAGAUAUACACGUACACAAUCUUUGAUUAAUAUACUAUAUGAACGAUUACGAGUGGCAAUUGAUCGCAUGAACAGUGUAUGCGAUGAAUUCAAAUCUGUGUGUACACAUCUUAAUUCGGAUCAAGAUUCUGAAGAAAUCAUAAAAUACUUACAGAGCAAUAAUCCACCACCUGGAGAUAUCGCUUUUGUGGAUUUGUAUUCAUCUUCAGUAAAUAAUAGUACAACACCAUCAACUGUAACGCAACCAGUGUAUGCAAAACAACAAAGCAAUAAUUCAAAUGAACCAAUUUAUUCAUCGGGUAGUGUAGUUCUUCCAUCGAAUUUUCAUUGUUCCGUUUGGGCAGCAGAUCAUGCAGCAUUGGCAUCGAGUAAACAAUGUGGUAAUAAUAAUUAUGCACCACCAUAUUCCAUUCCUAUUGGAGAAACAAUCUAUGGUGAAUCCGGUUCUAUAUAUUCUACAUCUUAUGCUUCCACAAUAUCAGCUAAUAGUUCACAGAAUGGUGUUGUCAGUGGUGUUGAUAGUAACUUAAGCCGUCGUCCAAGUGCUAGUGAUAAUUAUUCUACUUUAAAUCUCCGCAAUUCUUCUAUGUCUAUAAAUGGUGCAACAUUUCUUCGGAGGAUUUUUUCACGGCGUAGUAGGAGUGUGGUAAAUUUGAAAACAAUCGCAGAUCUAUGCGAUCCAGGUCGAAUAAAACGUCAACAAACAAUUCAAACCACUUGUUUAUUCGAUUCAAAAAGAAGAGGAACUCAUAAUCCUAGAAUUACUAGCAGUGUUGAUAGACCGAAAGAUAAUACAGUUACAGAUGCCAGUGAUUUCUCUGAUUCAAAUUCUGAAUUCGAAAAUAAUAAUCAUACAAGUGAUAAAACAACCAAUAACACUAAUAGUUUGAGACGAAAAUUUAGAAUUCAUUCAACUACUGACAGUGAAAAUGUAGCCUAUGCAACAACAUCUGUCCUAAAUGGACUACCUCAUUCUACGGCUAUGUCAUAUCAAUCUCCUGGCAAUGAUAUUCUUACUUCUACUAUUCGUGUUGUUAAAGCAACAACAACAACAACCAAUCAUGCUCCUUCCCACUCUCUUCCUUCGUGUUCUGAUUCGCAAGUGAGAGGUUUAUCAUUAGGUCGUGAAAAGUCUUCCAUUCCUCUUCAUUGUCUUGCUACAUCAGGUAGUUUCGAUAAACAGGAUAAAUUGUUUACUGCUCCUUUAGCUAAACAGGAAAGUGCUUCUAUUGUAAAUCCAGUUGAAUCAUUUUCACAACAAACUUCAUCAUCAACAUUUAAUCGACCACCUGAAACAUUGAACGGUCAAAUGCUUAAUUUAAAACAAAAUUUAAUAACUAACAGAACUGUAAUGAAUAAUAAUGAUGAUAAUAGUAGACACUCAAUGUUAAAUGGAAAUUCUCAUCAUACCGAUAUAAACUCUAAUCACAAUAAUAAUACAUUAAAAUAUUCUCAAAUGAAUUCAUCAUUUAAUCAUUAUGAAUUAAAAAAUUCAAAUCAAGUUUCAUAUAAUCAAAAUAUAAAUCUUUUAAAAAAGCAUGAACAGCAAGAACUUUGGUACUCGCAACUACAUAAGUAUCAACAACAACAACAGCCACAGGACCAGUCAUUACGUCAUCACCUUAAACAUGAACAACGAGUGGUUGAAUCUACAAUAGAUCAUAAUGUCGAUUCCACUAGUUCAAUAUCAUCUAGUUAUUGUCACAAUCAAGAUGAUAAUAAUAGUCAUAAUCAUAAUAAUAAUAAUGGACAAUCAAAAGAAUCACAAAUCGUUGCUGUUGGUGAUUGUUGUGCCUUAUAUCCAUUUACAGCUGAUGGUUUCGAACCGUGUUAUUUGGCAUUUGAGGCUAAUGAAAAAUUCUAUAUUUUGGCAACUGAUCCAACAGAAGAUACCACUGAUUGGCUUCAUGUAUGCCGUAAACAGCGAACACAAGAAAUAGGUUACGUUCCUACAGCGUAUGUUCAAAAACGUUUUUAUUCCCAGCCAGUUAUAUUAUCAAAUUCAAAAUGUGUACAACUACACGACUCGGACUCAUCAUCAACUACCACUAAAACAGCUAAUACUACCACACCAAAAUCUAAAAAAUCUAUGAAUUCAACACGAAAAUCUCCGAGGAGUCCAGUGAAUAAUAGUGUUGGCAGUAAUAGAAGUAUUAAUUCUGGUAUGGUGCCGAUGAACAGAAAUUUCAGAGGUACUUCCCCUUACGUUCGUUUAGGCGGAGUUCCACGAGAUACUGAGUUAUGAUAAUAAAUACAAAUAAUUCUUUGAAGAGGUUUAUUUUCUCGUUUAUGCCUUUUUUUUAUACAUACAUUAUGAAUGUGUGCUCAUGCGUACACAUUUUUUUAAACAAUGGAUCAUAUCAUUUUCAAUAUUCACUUUUAUAGACAAUUUUUCAAUAGUAUUAUUCUUGUUGUUUAUUUGUAUUUUUCUUGUUUAAAAUACGACGAUCGACAGUAUGACACAAUCCCCGUCUCCCUAUUUGUACAUAUGGAUACAUACAAUCAUUUUACUGUCAUAUUAUUCACUGAUGCCUUGAUUUUUCGAUAAAAAUUGUCAAUUCUAUGGACUUUUUGUUUCUUCUACAUUAUUUAUGCGCUAAUUUGAAUGUUUCCUUUUUUCUUAGAUUUUUUAUUAUACCACUCACUACCUUUGAAGCUGUCUCACACAUAUGACAGAUAUUUAUUUGGUAAUUUUUUUCCUUUGAAAUUAUUGUAAAUGAUAAAGGGUGAAGGAGUAUCAUUUUAUCCAUAUUGAUCAUGUUUUUACUAUUUACUGUCAAUCAACUUUUAUGACUACUAGACAAUAAUUAAGAUAAUCAGUUUUCAUAUUCAAUUUAAUUUAGUAUUUUUCCUGAAUUACAUUUGUAGGCGACAAUUCAUGUUUUUUUUACAGUUAUGCUUUAUACUUACAUCAAGUUAUUUUGUAUAAUGUUUGUGUAUAGUAUACAUGUUGUAUUCUUAUACGAUGUCUUGUUUAGUGUGCAGGUAAUAAUAAUUCGGUGUUAAAUUCCACUUUCUUGUGUAUUUACUCACUAGUAUGUGAAACCAUAUAGUAUUGAUUAGUCAAAAU